AUGGGAGACGAAGUGAUAGCCCUGUGCGUGGUCAAGAAAGGCAGCGCCGGACCGUACCACGUCGAGUGGCGCAAGGACGGUGCGGAGCUGAGACCCACGGGCCGGCUGUCCCUGUCGGCGCUGUCUCAAAGCAGCACGGCGCUGAGGAUCGAGAGCCUCCGCCCCGACGACAUCGGGAACUACACGUGCACGGCGAGGAACGCGUUCGGCAGCGACACCGUCACGGCAUCGCUCGUCGUCAACGGUAACACAUCUUCGAUUGGGAGCGUCAAGCUGGUUGACGAUGACAAAAAAAAUGUUCGCGGCGUCAUUCCACACUUCUGCUUGCUUUCAGGGCCUCCGAAGGUUUUCGAAUUCACGUUUCCUCCAGAGGUAGCGCUAGGCGACGAAAUUCUCGCUGGAUGUGUCGUCAAGAAAGGCACGUUGGGACCGUACUUCAUCAGUUGGCACAAGGAUGGCACAGAACUGGUCAGCGGGGACCGCGUGUCGGUGUCCGGCCAGUCCAAGACCAGCGCCGCGCUGCGCAUCGCGGCCGUUCGGCCCGAGGACGUCGGCAACUACACCUGCGUGGCGAGAAACUCGUUCGGCAGCGACAGCUUCACGGCACCACUCGUAGUCUACGGUAACGGCUACAGCCUUUCCAUACUUACUGUACGCGUUUCUGGGUCGAGUAAGUGCACUUUCCACUCUGCGACCCCGCGCAUGCAAGACGUGUCGGAGCGUCGUACGGCUCGUGCCGAAUGUGUAAUUCAGUACAUUCGUUCUCGCGAAGCAAUGAGGAACUGCGUCAGCCCAGUCACUUUGACGCUGCUAGUCUUCUCGAUGAUGACCUCAUCGACACUUUCAAACGCCCCGCCGAAGGUCGCUGAGCUCGCGUUUCCGUCGGACGUCGCGCUAGGAGACGAAGUGAUCGUGUCCUGCGUGGUGAAGAAAGGCAGCGCGGGGCCCUUCGUCGUCGGUUGGUUCAAAGACGGCGAGCAGCUGAAAAACGCGGCAGGCCGCGUCGCCGUGUCCACGCCGUCCAAGAGCAGCGCGACGCUCCACAUCGCCGCCCUCCGAGCCGAGGACGUCGGCAACUACACGUGCGUGGCGAGGAACCGCUUCGGCAGCGACAGCGCCACCGGGCAGCUCGUCGUUCAGGGUAACUCCGUCACUGAAAUGUGCGAGCACUCGCUCUCCGAGUUCCUCUUCUUGCCAGAGAGGGAUCGGAACGCGAGGGAAGCCCAGAAAGCACGGCUUUCUCCGAAGCGGGGAAGCUGCGUGUUCCUUAAAUAUAUGGGGAUCCGUGCAGUAGUAGUAGUUGGUGGUUUGUCUACUUUUCGUAGACCAAGGACUAAGAAAGGAAAUUACUGCAUAUCACAAUACAACUGUCUAUCUUCGGGUGCUAACAACUGCGGCCAGCGGAUAGAGGGGGGGGGGGAAAUGUAGAAAGAACGGCAGCGAGGAUAGAGUAGUAGAAAAAAGUAUAUAGACUAAUUUAGUAGUAGCGCCUAGGUUGACAUUUCACCGAUAGUUCUCUUGCAGUGUCACUUUACCGAGUUCUUGUUGCGAGGCAUAUUGUAGCAAAGUGCCCAGUCAAGGUCGCGGCAGCGCGGCACCAGAUAUCAUAACCGUCACAUACCACAAGCGGAUGGUAUUACCAGCGGCGGAAAGAGUUGUGAAAUUUGCUCACAGGUACAGUAAACCUGUCUUUUAAAAAAAAAGAAGAAAAACUCGUAGAAGUUGGGUUGGGCAGACAUGUUCCAAUGCGAGAGCAAACUCGCAUGCUUAAAUCAAGGUGACGUCACGGAGAUGCAGCGGCGCUGUCGUAUGUAUCUCCGACCAGGCGCCCUAUUUUAAUAUCUCGUUUUAACUUUAACGAGGCUCCCGCCGAUCAAUUGUAAUCGAAGCGGCUGGAACAAAGCAGAAACGAGCGAACUGUGUAUUCAACUACUCGCUUGGCCUACACGUAACUGGUGCCUAAAUACGCCGGUUUCUACGCUAUGGUUCGUUGCCACAAAACUAGCGGCUCUAUAAAACUGAUCCACAACACGUGGGCGGGACCGUACAUACGUCCCUGCCCGCGGCAAACACACC